AUGCGAUGUCACUACUUUGUUUUGCUGGCUGUUGCCGCUUUCUUGGCAGGUGCAAAUGUUGCUGUGGCGACGACGGACGCCCAGCUGAGUGACGCCCGAGCGGUCCGCGCCUCUUUUAAUACCAAGCGCGCGCUGCGGUCCCAUACUAAGGCGACUGACCAUGGCGAGGAGAGAGCUUACAAGCCCAGUCUCAGUGUCGUCGAGAGCCUCAACAACUGGAUGCAAAGAGCAUCGAAGAAUAUCUUGCCUGACGACGUUAUUUUGGUCAUGGCCAGUAAGGCGAUGACAAAGAAGACCUCAUCUUCGGACGCUGUCUUCGCGAUGCUCCAGCUUGACCAGGGACUAAAGGGAAUCCUGAGCAAUCCCAACUUGAAACAAUUUGCCUACUAUCUCGUAUUGACGGAGAAAGCGCCAAGCCAGGCUCUGAUCACCAAGUUGAUCAGUCAAUACGGAGACGACGUAGUGGCGAAAUAUCUCUUCGACAUCAAGCACAAAGCGAUCAACGUGAGCGAGAAACUCAAGGCCGAAGCGAGGUUUUGGCAAGGCGCGCAGUAUGUCAAGUGGUUCGAUGAAGGGGUAACGCCAGCUCUGGUCCGUCAAAAAUACAACGUCCACCCCGAAACGUGGUACAAGAACCCGUACGAGGGCGUGUACUGGGAAUACACUGGCGUGUACGCCAAAUUGGCGAGCAAGUCAAAUAAACCCCUGCCCGUGGAAGUAUAG